AUGGAUGAACCUACCCAAUCAGUGAGGGUGCUUGAGAUUUGUAAUAUACCACCACGAGAUCCAAAUUCAGUUAAAGAUUCCCUUCCUCUUACGUUUUUUGAUCUCUUAUGGCUCAGAAAUCCUCCGAGCCGUCGCCUUUUCUUCUUCCAUUACCCGUGUUCACUCCACUGCUUCUCUCAGUCUGUCCUUCCUCGGCUUAAACAAUCUCUCUCUGCCGCCCUAAACCCAUAUCCUCAUCUUGCCGGAAAUGUCACUUGGGACAAAGAUGAAAAAAUCCCAACUCUUCACUAUUUCCCUGGCGAUGCAGUCUCCGUCACCAUUGCCGAAGCCACCACCGCCGUCGAUUUCCAUCGCAUCUCAACCAAGGAGGACCUCUGCGGAGUCGACAACCUUUUUUCCCUCCUCCCACCUUUGUCAGUAUCUCCUGAACGGGCUGCCGUGAUGGCCCUGCAGAUCACCCUGUUUCCAAACAACGGUUUCUCCAUAGGUUACACCACCAAUCACGCCGUGAUUGACGGAAAAACCACGGCAUUGUUCAUGAAAUCAUGGGCUUGGUUUUGUAGAUCUGGCGGAGACACGACAUCGUUACCGGCGGAUCUGACCCCGUUCUACGAUCGGAAGAAUUUGAAGAAUUUGGACGAAGCUUAUUUAGCACAUUAUGAAGGGGAGAGUAAUAAAACACUUAUGAAACGGGAAAUCAACUCUCUUCCCGAUAUGGUGAUUGGAAAUUUCAUGUUAACAAGUGCCGAUCUUGAAAAGAUAAAGAUUUCCCUGAAACAUUUGAAUACCCGAAUAACUAAUUUCAUGGCGGCGGCGGCUUAUACAUGGACAUGCUCUGUUAGAGCCCAGGAUGUAGGAAAUUCUAAGAAUGUGAACCUGGUAAUCCCGGUGGACUGCAGGAAUCGGUCGGAAUCAGGGUCAAUUCCUCCGACAUAUUUCGGUAACUGCAUUGGUCCGUUGAUAGUGUCGGCUAGUAGGAAGGAUCUGACGGGAGGAAAUGGGUUAGAAACGGCUGCGAAGGUGAUGAUAGAAGGGUUUGAUCGGAAGGUGUUCGGAAGGGAAGAGAGAUGGCUGCCGGAGCUUAUGGAUGCAUGUCAUGAGAUAGUGUACGCAGUUGCAGGGUCGCCGAGAUUCGGUUUAUACGAGGUUGAUUUUGGGUGGGGGAGACCGAGGAAUGUUCAGCUGGUCUGGAACAGAAGCCGGAUCUUUCAUUUUCAGGAUGCCGCCGGAGAUGCUAACGACGGUGGGAUCGAGAUUUCUAUGGUUAUGGGGAAAACAGAGAUUCUAACUUUCUCUUCACUCUUCAUUACUUGUCUCGAUGCUCUUUCAUAG